AUGCAAUAUAUGGCAAACUCUAUAAUCUCAUCGAAGAGGAGCAAAGGGAGCAAAACGAGCAAAAGUCGUGGGCUGUGGGACGGACACAAUGGGUCACGACUUUGGUUGAGCUUUGGCUACAUUUCAGAUGCGGUGCAGAAGACCUGUGCGGCGCUCUAUGACAACCACUUCUUCGAUGUCGACACUUAUGAAUGCGUUCUCAGACCCUAUGAAGUGAAGACUCAAUCCAUGCCUUUGUAUCCCUUCUCAUCGAAGACCAACUAUAGCGAACAAAAUGCUGUUAUAAGUGAAUCAAUUGAUGAGAAAUCGGAUGAAAGUGUAGCUAAAAAAGUGAAAACCGAAAGCAUUUUAAACGAUAAAAGCGAUUCCGUUAUGGAGAAGAUAAGCACUGAUCACGUAUUGACGUAUUUGCCAAACCAGGGCACGGGUCACACCGGCUUUCUUACGGUUGCCGUCAAAUAUGAUUAAAUGACACAUUCAUUGGAUUUUGAAUUGCAUUUUAUUGGAAAUAAUUUAAUGAAAUGAUUGAACAAUUAAUGGCACAAAUAUAAUGUGUAAUAAAAUCAUUAAAUAUAAAAAGUAAUACAUUAUAAAA